AACAUUAACUUUUCAGGAAAACAUCACUGGGCAGGUUUUCUAAAACGCCAGUGUAAUGUUGCAAAAAUAAUAGUGUGUAGUAUCAAGAAAAAUUGGGAAAUGGAAAAAGCAGUCAUCCUGUUGAUGCUGGCAGUCACAUCCAAUGCUCGGAUCUCAGUCAUGUACGCCCACGACCGAGUCAGCGACGUGAUGGCGGAACAAUGCUACAAGGAAAUGUUCUCCAAUUCUAAGCACGCAGUGGAAAUCGAGGAAUCUGAUGAGCCAUGUUUAAUCUACUGCGUUUUGAAGAAACUUGGAAUCAUUAGCACUAACGGAGUCAUCAACUUGGACGCUUACAGAAAGCGAGUCCAAAUCUACCAUCAGCUGGACCAGAGGGACAUGGUGGGAGACUUCGGCAACGCGUGCGUGGAGGCGGCGGAAGCGGCCCAGCACAAACAAGACGUCUGCAGGAAAGCCAAGGUGUUCAACGACUGCACGCAUCUGUACCGGGUUUUAUUGGCUAAAUAA